AUUCCUCUGCUCUCCAAACGCCCGCCGUACGCCUCGCUCUUACCCGCGUCACUACAACUUGUGAGGGCGCGUGAGGCGGACUUCGCCCCGCAGCUGCUCGUCGUGUUUCGAAACGGCGCAGAGUUCCCCCGACGGACUUCUUUCACGACGGCCGAAGAACCACAAGUUCCCGCGGACAGCCGCAGACCGCCUCCCACACAGGCCGCUCCCCCUGCGCUGGGUCGGGGCCGUGUGACGGGAUCCGGCCCCGAGUUUCACGGCGCCCGGCCCGCCUCCGCCUCGGGAACAGCGAGUAAUGGUUUCAAAGGGAGAAAGCAAGAGAAACACAUUUCAAACUGGCCUUACUUAUGACUUACGACUUAAAAAUGAGCUAUGAAAAUCUUGCCUGAGCACACAGCUAAACCUGUGUUGUUUGCAAGGUCGUCAGGCUUUUCUGAAGGGCAAAACACUGGAUUUUCUUCUAACUCUGCAAGAGUAGUGUUAUUAGUUAAGAUGUCCUACUUAAUCAAUGGAGUUAAACAUUGCAGUCCUGUGAAUCAGAUUCACAAAGUAACAGGAGCUCUGUUUAAAGCACACCUAUUAAGAAAUACAUGGGGCAUCAAGGAGCAACAAUUAAAAAUCUCAUGUGCAUUAUCUCAGCUUAGUUCUGAAAAGGCAAACUCUUAUAAUUAUGUCAUUGUUGGAGCUGGAUCAGCAGGGUGUGUGUUAGCCAACAGGCUGACUGAAGACCCUCACAGUACUGUACUGCUUUUGGAAGCAGGCCCUAAAGACACCCUUUUAGGUAGUAAAAGACUACUGUGGAAGAUUCAUAUGCCUGCUGCAUUAACUUAUAACCUCUGUGAUGAGAAAUAUAACUGGUAUUAUCACACAACUUCACAGAAGCAUAUGGAUAACAGAAUUAUGUACUGGCCCCGAGGAAGAGUGUGGGGUGGUUCCUCUUCUCUCAAUGCAAUGGUAUACAUUCGUGGGCAUGCAGAAGAUUAUAAUCGAUGGAGCAGAGAAGGGGCUGUAGGAUGGGACUAUGAUCAUUGCUUGCCCUAUUUUAAGAAAGCCCAGACACAUGAGCUGGGAUCAGAUCAGUAUAGAGGUGGAAAAGGACCUCUUUAUGUGUCAAGGGGAAAAACAAACCAUCCUCUUCAUCAAGCAUUCCUGGAUGCAGCCCAGCAAGCUGGGUAUCCCUUCACAGAUGAUAUGAAUGGUUAUCAACAAGAAGGAUUUGGCUGGAUGGACAUGACUAUACACCAAGGUAAAAGAUGGAGCACAGCUAGUGCUUACCUUCAUCCAGCUAUAUCACGUCCCAAUUUGUCAGUUACUGAGAAGACGCUUGUAACAAAGAUCUUGUUUCAAGGAACAAAAUCCAUUGGUGUUGAGUAUGUGAAAAAUGGACAAAGGGAAAAGGCUUUUGCCAGUAAAGAAGUUAUUUUAAGUGGAGGUGCCAUAAAUUCUCCACAGUUACUUAUGUUGUCUGGGAUUGGCAAUGCAGACGAUUUAAAAAAACUGGGAAUCCCUGUUGUAUGCCACCUUCCUGGAGUAGGCCAGAACCUUCAAGAUCAUUUAGAAGUCUACGUCCAGCACAAGUGCACGAAACCUAUUACUCUAUAUAGUGCACAAAAACCACUUAACAUGGUGAGGAUUGGUCUAGAAUGGCUUUGGAAGUAUACAGGUGAGGGAGCCACUGCCCACUUAGAAUCUGGUGGGUUUAUCCGAAGUCAGCCAGGAGUUCCUCACCCCGACAUUCAGUUCCACUUUCUCCCUUCUCAGGUGAUUGAUCACGGUCGGGUUGCUUCCACGAUGGAAGCUUACCAGGUCCAUGUAGGACCCAUGAGGAGUGCAAGUGUUGGCUGGCUAAAGCUGAAGAGUGCAGAUCCAAAGGACCAUCCUAUCAUUGAGCCUAACUACAUGUCGGAAGAAAGAGACAUUUGGGAAUUCCGCCAGUGUGUCAAGUUGACCAGAGAGAUCUUUGCUCAGAAAGCUUUUGAAAAAUUUCGUGGACCUGAAAUUCAACCAGGAAACAAUGUUCAGUCUGACAAAGAAAUAGAUGCCUUCAUAAGACAGAAGUCUGAUAGUGCUUAUCAUCCUUCUUGCACUUGUAAAAUGGGUCAGCCUUCAGAUAGCGCCGCUGUUGUUGAUCCCCAAACAAAAGUAAUUGGUGUUGAAAAUUUGAGAGUAGUAGAUGCCUCAAUAAUGCCCAGUAUAGUCAGUGGGAAUUUGAAUGCCCCUACUAUUAUGAUAGCAGAGAAAGCUGCAGAUAUAAUUAAGGGGCUCCCAUCACUUCAGGAGAAAAAUGUUCCUGUAUAUAAGCCCAAGACCUUGGAAAAACAACGAUAAACGUUGUCAUCCUUUCACAUUUUUGCCACUUAGAUUUUCAUCUGUGUGUUUGUAUCUCAAUUGGAAGGGCCAACAAAAUAAAUGCCAUAGAAAAAUACACAUCACAGUAAAGCAGCUACUAAUUUGGUCCAUCUUAUAUAAGAUUAGAUUGUUGUUUUUUUUUUAAUCAGUUGGCUCAAGCUGUUUAUUUUACUAUAGAAAAAUUCCUUAUGAUAUGUCUUAUUAUUUAAAGGAAGAAUUUGAACUGUUUUGAGAUUAUUACCAAGAUUACAGCUACUCAGUAAUUCCCACAUUCUGAAAAGUAAUUGCAAGCAUUUAUGUACUUACAGGCCAAACUAGUAGUAAGUGUCAGAAUUCAUAGAAGAGACACUUAACAUGUCCAGAAUUUGUAAGAUGUGUUUUUUAUGGGAAGAAUGCAUAAUUUACAAAUCUUUACUAGAAGUUGGACUUUACCAUACUUAGCACUCUUAACUUAGAAAAAAAGACAUAAAAUACAUUUAUCAAAAACUUUUUUUUUUCCUAAUAAAUGCAGAAAUAGAACUGAUAUUUAUAAAAACAUAUUGGAAAGCUGGACUUUCCCCUUGCUUUUUUUUUUUUUUUUUCAAGAAACACAGUAGAAUUCAGUUUGCAAUUUAAGCUCAUUUAGUUGUGCUGCUUUAUCUUGUACCAUUGUAAGGGAUCCACACACCCAAUAAUUUCCAUAAAGUUUCUGAUCUUUGCUCAAAGAUGAGUGCAUGCAAAUAUACUCAAUAGUGUCCAACUAUCAAUCAAAAAUGAUUAGAAAUAUUUAUAGCUGAGGUAGCUUUAAAACGGAAGUUCACUCAAAAUAACUACAUUAAAUAAGAUAUCACUGAUAUGAGGAGAGAUCUUUUUGAAUUCAAAGGCAAACGACUUACUCGUAUACCAAUGCUAUACUUCAGUUAGGACUUAAAUCUUUGCUAACUAUCUUCAAAUAUGUCAAACAAAUACAUGAUCUUCAUGGCUGUUUCUGUGUGUGUCUAACUUACUGGUGCUGAACUGAAAAACAAAGAAACAAAAAUAAUACACCUAAAGAAAUGGAAUUCAUUAACUGGAACCAAAUUCAUUCAAUUGUAUGGAUUUGUUAAGUAUUCCAAGCUAACUUCAGACUAAGUAACUAUUAAUUAUAAAGCAAAUGCUUCUAUACCUUCAGAUUGCUCAGUACUUCCUGUGAACAGAAUAUGCUUUUUUUUCCCAGAAAAAGUGAAAUUUUACACCAUUUGAGCAAAUUGAAAAGAAAAAAAAAUUACAAAAAGGCUGCUGACUCAGAUGUUGGCUAGAGGGACAACUGCAGAUGUUUAGGGCAGAUUUUUCUACCUAGUGCUGCUGCAAAGUAAUGAUUGGAAGCCCUGCUGCGAGCUGAGGGAAAGGACUUAAUUGAUCAGAGUAUAAGAAAUAAAUAAAAAUUUUGAAGAUGGAAGGGGAUAGAAGUGAACAUCACUCCCAAAGGAAACAGGUAAACCCUUUCUAUGUACGACAUAUAUUUGCCUGGAAUUUGUGGAACAAAAAGAAUAUUUUAAGUCAGAGGUGAUUGAUUGGCUGUAUUCGUAAGACAAUUCACCUGACACAACUGUGCCUUUAGGGAGAGCAUGAAUUAUGUAUAAUGUACCACUUUUAUAGCAACUAAAAGCUUUUAUUCAGCAGCUAUUCUUCUGAGAUCUUCAUUUAAAGAGAUUCACUAUAUCUUAGUGUCAUCUAGAAUAUGAGCUGUUAAAGAUGUUGAGAAUAAUACCAGUGAUGAGACUCACCUCAGUCCUGUGCACUUGAGAGCGGAAGAAAUUUGGAAAGAUGUAACAGUGAAGUUCUCGCAUUUGCAGAUUGACAACAUGGGUUUCCAAUCUAGACAUGCAGCAUGGGAAUUGUUAUUAUGCAACUGCGGAGGAUUAUCUAGUUGCUAUAUUACAUAACUUAUUGCUUGAACACACAGAGCUGUCAUCUGCCAUUAUUUCAAAUUCUGAGAGAUUAGGAAAUAGUGAGGUUAGAUAAACAUAUAGAAUUGCAUGCGUUUUACAUUCACGUGUCUUGCUGCUUUUUGCAAUCAAGGUAUGCUUUGCUGCAUUAUGUAAUCAGACAAUCAGGCAUUUGUUCUGAACCAUCAUCUUUUGUCACAGUUCUAAACAUACAGUCCUUGCAAGUUAUUCCCCUUCUAAACAUUUGAAGAUUUUUUUCACUGCUGUGCAGCUGUAGUUGCCUUAUUAAUUUAGACCUCACUGCUACAGAACUUCAUGGCUCCUUCAUGCAUUCCUUUGAUGUAGUCCUAAGGAAAUUCUUUAGGUAUUUGCAAAUGUUGUCCUGGGAUAAUCUUUAGGUAGCAACAAGCAGCCAUUAGAUUCUCCUGCAUUCUGUGUGUCUGCUGGGAUUGAAUUUCUGUUAAAAUUGUUCUUACUCCUAGCAGAGUUCAGUCUGCUAAAGGUACUUAGAACAGAUACAAAAUGUUCUAAUGCGCUCUGUGGAGCACUGGGAGCCUGCAAGUUAAACAUCAGCCAUCUACACACCUUAUGAAUGAUGCUGAUCACAGGACAUUAUUUAACAAAAUAUGUUAAUGUGUUGGUUAAACAUAUAUUAUUUCCAUUUCUAUUCAGAUACUUUUUCUAUAUAAAAGCAGAUGAUAGUAUAUUAUGUAUUCAAGAAGAGUUCACUGUAAAAUUUUUUUGAUGUAAGAAUUGGAAAGUUCCUAGACCUGCCAGCCUGACUUCAACCAGCAAUGGUACUGUGAGUGCCAGCACCAGCAUUUCCAUGGGAACUGCUUGCUGUGGGUGCUUCGAAGACAGCUGGAUGAUUCUGGCUGGGGGCAAUAAGAUUAAGAAAGGUGACCAAACUCAUUUCUUUCUGUACUUGAAUCUCAGUUCAAAUUGCUUUAGCAUGAGAAGUGCUAUUAAAAGCAGUAGAAAAUAGCAGUAUUUGUAAAACUGCAUUUUGUCUCAUUUAAGGACACUCAGGAUUUUGUACACCGGAACUUCUGAUGUUUCUCCAGCUUAAAAUACUUUAAAAUACUUUUCAAGUGUAUGAUUUCAAUUACUCUACAACUAAGUAAGGCAACUGGGAAAGUAAAUAGUGGGCUUGUAACAGACAUUUUCUGUAACAGAAACAUAUUGAAGUAUUUAUAUAUCUUAUUAAAAUAAUAGUUACAUGACAUGGAUUGUUGGGAAAAAAAAUAAAAGCAUUUGUGCAUGUUAUUAAUAGUUCAAAAGUUACUGUAGAUACAACACAUCUUAUUGCAGUGUUCUUUUUAGUCUAUAUUGUUCUGUCAUCCAACCUCCAAAAAAAA